GUUGCGUGUGAUGAGAUGAGAAGGGAAAUACCUAGAAAGGCCUAGCGAGUGCCUACAGUCAACUUCUGUUUUCUGGGUCUUGAACUUCAUCCCUAUUUUUGAAAACUCACUGCCCAACUAGUCCUAACAAUUCUAGUUGAAUCAAGAUUCAAGAUCUACACUUGUUCGUUUGUCUCUUCCUGUUUUGAAGUUGCUCUCAUUUAUAUUUACCUUUCAAUAAUUUGUAUUCUGUCUUUAUUCUCAUCGCCAAUGAUUGAGAGUUGGAAAAAGCUUCGCAUCAUUUAUAAAACAUUAUACAUACGUUAAUUCAAGAAAACUAAAAUGAUAAUGAUCAAUAUUUCCAGCUGAAACGAUAAGCAUCAGCUUCAACUUCUCCAGACAGGCAGCAGGUUACUUGUUUCUGGGGGGCUGUUCCGCCAGGAUUCUUGAAUUCCGUCGGCCUGAGAAAAGCAGAAUGGGAAAGGGAAGAGAAAACGUGGUAUUGUUCCCUUUCAUGGCGCAAGGCCAUAUACUACCGUUUCUGGCCUUAGCCCAGCAGAUGGAGCGAAAGGGCUACGCUGUAACUUUUGUCAACACCCCUCUCAACAUCAAGAAACUCCGUGAAUCACUUCCUCCGGCAACCGUCGCCGCCAUUAGACUCGUUGGAAUCCCCUUCAACAGCUCAGAUCACGGCUUGCCUCCUGACUCCGAAGACACUGAUUCCCUUCCCUACAGUCUCAGCCUCCGCCUCCUGGAGGCCUCCAUCUUUUUGAAACUUCCGUUCAAGAACCUGCUCGCUGAUCUUAUUAAAGAACAGGGAGGGGAAAGGCCGGUUUGCGUGAUUUCGGAUCUUUUCUUCGGGUGGGCUGCUGAUGUCGCUCACGAAUUCGGGAUUUUUCAUGCGAUUUUCAGCAUUACGGGCGGAUUUGGGAUGGCUUGUUACUGCUCCAUGUGGCUGAAUCUGCCUCAUAAGAACACUGACAGUCUCGAGUUUCAGUUGCCCGAUUUCCAUGAAGCUGGAACAUUUCAUAUCACCCAGCUCACUCCGGCUGUUCUGGUGGCGGGGGAGGAAGACCCGUUCACGGAAUUCCAGCGGAGGAAUAUUCACGCGUGGUCUGAUUCAGAUGCGCUUCUUUUCAACACAGUUGAAGAGUUGGACAAAACAGGACUGACGUAUUUUCGCCGUAAAUUAGGCGUUCCUGUUUGGGGAAUCGGGCCUCUGUUAUUGCCAGUCGACAACGGCAGAGCAAUGAUUAGUCCAGAGCAGUGCACCGAAUGGCUGGAUAAAAAAGAACCAAACUCCGUAAUAUACAUAUGUUUUGGCUCACAGAACACAAUCUCAGCAUCACAGAUGAUGAACUUAGCAAAAGCCCUGGAUGCCAGCGGCAGAAGUUUCAUAUGGGUUGUCCGGCCGCCGUUGGGAUUUGACAUAAACGCAGAGUUCGUGGCAGAACAAUGGCUGCCGGAGGGGUUCCUGCAGAGAAUCCAAGAUGAAGAAAGAGGGCUAAUUGUCAGCAAAUGGGCGCCCCAGGUGGAGAUCUUAGCCCAUAAAUCUGUGGCUGCAUUUAUAAGCCAUUGCGGGUGGAAUUCAGUACUGGAAUCUCUUAGAAGUGGGGUACCAAUAAUCAGCUGGCCGAUGGCAGCAGAGCAAUUCUACAAUGCGAAGCUGUUGGUGGAGAAAGUCGGAGUUUGCGUUGAAGUAGCCAGAGGAACUAAUUUUGAGGUGAGACAGGAGGAUAUCAUGGAGAAAAUAGAACUGGUUGUGGGUGAAAAUGAAAAAGGAAGGGAAAUUCGUCAGAAAUCGCUGGAAAUGAAAGAAAUGUUGGGAGAUGCUGUAAGGGAUGAGGAGAAUUACAGGGGAUCAUCUGUGAAAGCCAUGCAAGAGUUUUUUGUUGCUGCAUUGUUGAAGAAGGAGCAGGCAAUUGGGACAGCAUGAUCAAGGACUGAUAAGGGUAUUGGAAUUUAAUGAAAUUAAGCUUAUUCAACAUUUUUGCCAUUCCUGUAAUAUUUUCUUUAUGAGGGAGGUGGGUCACAAUAAUGUAAAUGUCUUCUUCGUCGAUGGUCUUCCUAUGUGGUCCUUUCUUACAAA